GCACUCCUGCAGUCCAGCCGGCCUCCACGUUUCCACCUACAGGCCCGGCAGCCUCCGCUCCCCGGUCUCUGACUCCGCGCUCCGCCGAGAGGUGCAGAGCCGCCGCCCACUCGGCCACUCCGCUCCGCUCCGCAAGCCACUGCCUGCAAUACUCCUCCACUCCUCCCCCGCCUCCACGGCCGGUGGCGCACCGCGUCGAUCUCCGACUCCCGUCCGGCCGUCCCCGUCCCCGCUCCGGCAGCUCGCACCCCGGCGGCGCCCAGAACCUCGAUUCGAGGAUGCGACGCCUCGCCCACCCAGCCUCCCGCCUGCCCAGAAGCUCCGCGAGGGGCGCUCCCAGCGCUCUCUCCACGGACGCCCCAAGGGUGUUCGACGAAAUGCCUCCUCCGCUUCCCGCGUCACCAGCACUGCCUCGCCGCACGCCGUUUGCCCAUGCCCAACAGGUGCUCGGCGGAACGCACGCCUUGGGGUUCUGCAACGCGGCUCGGCGUUCUGCGGAUGACCAAGCUGGCACAGAGCCACCGCGGUUCACAGUGGUACCGGGUGACACUGCCAUAGAUGGUCCGGGCGCAGGUGCGGGCGCGGGCAUGUCAGAGGCUUCCGAGAGGGUUUGCCGCGUCGUGUCAACGCGGCCAGAACUGGGGAUUGCGCCAGCGCUUGAUGCGCUUAGGGUGGCGGUGUCGCCAGAGCUUGUGGCCGAGGUGCUAAAAAACCUGAGCAAUGCCGGCAUGCUAGCGCUUGCCUUCUUCAGGUGGGCAGAGAGGCAAGAGGGCUUCAGGUACACGGCCGAGAACUUCCACAAUCUGAUCGAGGCACUUGGCAAGAUCAAGCAGUUUAAGCUGGUGUGGAGCUUGGUGGAGACCAUGCGGUGCCGGUGCUUGCUCUCUAAGGACACGUUCAAGCUUAUUGUCCGGAGGUAUGCCCGGGCGAGGAAGGUCAAGGAGGCUGUGGAGACGUUCGAGAAGAUGAGCAGUUUUGGCCUCAAAACUGAGUUAUCGGAUUACAAUUGGUUGAUUGAUUCAUUAAGCAAAUCCAAACAAGUGAAGAAGGGACACGCCAUCUACAAGGAGAUGAAGAGGAAGGGCAGGUUCAUUCCUGAUUUGAAGACCUACACGGUCCUCAUGGAAGGCUGGGGCCAUGAGAAAGAUCUGUUGAUGGUCAAAACAGUGUACCAAGAAAUGCUGGAUGCAGGCGUUAGGCCUGAUGUUGUGGCGUAUGGAAUGCUGAUCAGUGCCUUUUGCAAGUCUGGCAAAUGUGAUGAGGCCGUCAAGGUGUUCCACGAGAUGGAAGUUAGUGGUUGUAUGCCGAGCCCUCAUGUGUACUGCAUGCUUAUCAGUGGGCUUGGUUCUGAGAAGAGACUGGAUGAAGCUUUGAAGUACUUUGAACUUUAUAAGGAAAGUGGGUUCCCCAUGGAGCUGCCUACAUGCAAUGCGGUUGUUGGAGCUUACUGCAGAGCCUCAAAGUUUCAGCAUGCUUUCAAGAUGGUUGAUGAGAUGAGAAAGUGUAAAAUUGGACCCAAUUCCCGGACUUAUGAUAUAAUUCUUCAUCAUCUUAUAAAAUCGCAGAAAUUCGAAGAGGCAUAUGAUGUAUUCCAGAGGAUGGGGUCGGACGGCUGUGAGCCUCAGCUCAAUACAUAUACAAUGAUGGUUGGCAUGUUCUGCAGUAAUGAAAGAGUUGAUAUGGCAUUAAAGGUGUGGAAGCAAAUGAAGGAGAAAGGUGUCCUCCCAUGUAUGCAUAUGUUUUCAGCAUUGAUCAAUGGGUUAUGCUUUGAGAACAGGCUCGAAGAAGCUUGUAUAUAUUUCCAAGAGAUGUUGGACAAAGGAAUAAGGCCACCUGGUCAGCUGUUUAGUAAUUUGAAGGAAGCUCUUGUUGAAGGAGGAAGAAUUAGUUUGGCACAAGAGAUGGCUUUGAAGUUAGAUACAUUAAGGAAAACCCCUUUGCGUGGUUGAGGAAUUCUUUUUGUUCUUAAAAUGUCUGAAGCGAUUGGAUCAUUUCACAGUUACACGCUGUUUGGGCAUGCAAUAUACAUUUGUAGUAGCCCUAGCAAUUGGUGGAAGCAGUAUUAUCAUGUUUGCAUUAUUACUUUCCUUCACAAGAAGGUAUGUAAUGUAUUCAAACUAACAAAGAUCAAAGAAAAUUAAACGUUCCAUUUGCGCGGAAUAAGCCUUUGUUCAUAGUUAUUGAUCCCAUUGUUUCUUCAUUUUCAUAGCUGUUACCCUAAUGGCUCCAUUCACUGUCAUUUGAUAUUGUUCCUUUAUGAUGUUUCUGUAAGGUAGGGUCAAACAUACUUGCAUCAGAGUCAGUGGAUAUCAUUAAGUGUAAUUUUUUCCACCUGUAACUCAUAAUUUAGAUUACCAUUUCCAGCUUGAUUGUUUGGCACCAAGAGGUUUACGUCAGCACAUUUGAACUAGGACUUGCUUUUGCUUCAUUGUGGGCGUCUGUCCUAUAAACUUGUCCCACUUAAUGAAAGGGAAAUUAAAUUGGACAUAAUAUUUUUACUGCCGUUGCUUUUCAAGUACUUGACACUGACCAAAAUUUUGUUCUCAGAUACAAGGACUUGAGACAAACAUUCCCAAAACGUUCCAGUUUACCCUUGUUGUCGCCUCUACAUUUUCUUUUUGCUUGAGAAAUUACGGAGGGUUCAUUUUUGUCACAUUUAUACAAUAUAGCAACGAGCAACAAUAAAUCUUGAUUUUUUUGCCUCACAACUAAAGUCUUAUUUGACAUUUAGAUUCUCCCCACCAUGCAAGAAGAGUAGGUUAGCCUCUCCCAAAAGAAUCCCCUCCCAAACCCACCCAUUCAACAAAAAGAAGUGGCCUGGCCAGAUACCAUUGUCCAUUGGCGCAAAAUUAAAUGAAUGCAGAAUUAUAGGUGAUGCUUAUGUGCUCACUAAUGGUUGCAGCUUAUGCAAAUUUUUGUGCUACCGUAUAGCAAUUUGCUGUUGUAACACUUGUCUCACAAACUCAUUUUACAAAGUUCUGAAUUAGCAUAAGCAAUAUUACUGUAGACAGUAGCUAAUGAUAAUGCGUGCACUGACUGAAAAAUGAUUGAAGUUCAUUGAUUCAACACUAGGUUUGGGAGCUUGAAACAGCUGAUUUAACAAAGAAAUUAACUAUUCUUUUACUCUUCAUCUUGGUGGAGCAAUUCUAUUAUUAUACCUACUGAACCUCAAUAAAGAAACUGAUCAAUUAUUCUUUUACUCUUCAUCUUGGCUAAGCACUACACUUGGAAACAAUAUAGAGAUAGAGAGAAUUAGAUAUAUCGUAACUCAUCAUCUGAUCAUUAUACCUAAAAUAUAUAGCAAUUAGUGAAUAGUGACUGGGAUAGGUGAUUAGGUUUGGGAGAGAGCCAGAGAGGAGUAGAGGACCAAGACCGUAUAAGCUAGCACACACGUGAGGACAUCACACCUGUACAUCUCCUUCCUCAGUUCAUUAGGCCUAACUACUGAACAACACUUCAUUGGAGCGGGGCCAGUACGCUUAAUGCAUGUUGGGUUAGUGAACUACUUAAGCAUGUACACUUAACCAAAAACUUCAACGAUAGUCACACCCCACCCCCACCUGUUUCAUGAAUCCUCAGGAUAAGUUGAUAAGGUUAGGGUGACUGAUGUGUCAUUAGACUACUAAAAGCUAAGUGCAUUUUUCCAUUCGUUUUGGACUCAUCUUAAAUUUCUGCAGAUGUCACUAUCUAUCAAUUUCGAUUGGAGCAUACUGCUUUCCACAUGGCUACAAACCCGCUGGAGUGCCUUACAUUUGUAAACUGUACCACAUCAUUAUAUAGAUGUUUGCAGAAAAUUUUCAUAUUUUACUGGCCAUGUAAAAUGUUUAACACUAGACUCGUUUAACAAUAAGUAGAACCAUAUCUGUUUGUUAGUAUGUAGUGUUGGAUCUAGAACCUAGAGAAACCUUCUUCUCCUGGCUUUGAAGCUGAACUGCCAAGCAGAUGCUAAUAUAUCUUUUUAGCAUAAGGCUAAGCACUACUUGCAUAUUCUGGAACUUGGUCUUUUGAAGAAUGACAUAACAUUUGAUCUUCCGAACUUCCCAUUGUCAGUCGAGCCAAAAAAUACUGUUCUAUUGUUCUCAUAUGGAUUAUGGACUCUGAAAUUGUAACCACUAUAUCGAAUGGACCCCUUAUUUGUGAUCCAUGAUUGAUUUGUGGUGAUGAGCAGCAACUUUACUUUUGUAUUUCACAUAGUCCAUUUACUUCAAACUCACUGUACAAGCUAGAGGCUUUGUGCAUUUCAUUGAGAUUUGUCAAUAUCAUACCAAUGCUAUAGCAUUUA